AUGAAGAUGCUAUUGAUGCUUCUGUGGUUGGAAUACUUGCCGACUCCAGAGAGGCAAGAGCUGGUAUUAGAGAGAUUCACUUCUUCCGGUUCAGUCCCAUCGACAUAUAUCGUUGGUAAUGGAGUCUCGCACCGAGUAAGCAAAGGGAGGCGCCAGAGCAGUUGCUAUCCCGAGGACGUGGAAGACAUGGCAGAAGGCGAUGUUUCAUCCAGAGCUGGAAACUUUGUUCUACCAAAUGUGUCUAGAGAGGUGAGUGACGUGUCAUCUUCAUCUGGACCAGUUAAACUGGCAGACCUGCAAAGGAUUAUGAACAACCUCUCUUCUGGUCCUGUAGGCCUAGCUAUAAGGGGAUAUCCUGAAGCAAAAGUUGAUCAUGCCAUUGCUGGAGAUGUAACCUGUCAUGAACGAUUGUCUUCGCAUUUACCUGAGGGUCACUGUACGGCAGAAGAUAUACUGGAGUUGUUACAGAGCCCUCCUAUGUAA